GAAAAAUCCCAAAAUCACAGAGACACUCUCUUUGGCUCCGUAACCCCCUUCUAGCCUUCCCCUUCUCUCUCUCCCUUCCGGCUUUCUGCGAUUUUCUUCGAACCCUAGAGAGCGCUCUCUGUUCCUUCCUCUGGGCUUCCUUUGCAAAAUUCCUCGAGCUCCCUAAGGCGAUCCUCCCCGGUUUCGAUCUCGAAUCGCCCGAACUUCCGCUUGCUUGGUACGGCAAUCGAUCACUUGCCAUGGCCGACGGAAAACUCAAUCUGCCCGAUGAUCUCAUCGGCUCCUCCAACUUCUCCGAAGAGGACCACUCCCUGAUCAAAGGUGAAGGAGGAUGGGGAGGUGGAAUUGGGAGGCACAAGAUCAACACGAGCUUGGUUGACGAACCUAAAGAUCAUAUAAUCUCAGACAGUACGAUACCUCUUUCACCUCAAUGGCUUUAUUCUAAACCUCCUGAUGGAAAAAUUGCAACUGGUGGAGGUUCAGGGGAAACACGUGUGCCAAAUUCACUUGCUCAUGGGAAUCCUUCUGAUAACAUUUCCAAAGAUGGUCGGCGUCCAGAUGGAUCACAGGAUAAGAAAGACUGGAGGAGAACUGUUGUGGAUGCCGACAACACCCGUCGUUGGCGAGAUGAGGAAAGAGAUACUGGUCUACUUAGUAGAAGGGAUCGCAGAAAAGAGGACCGACGUGCUGAUGCAGUUCCGAACAAGGAUGCCUCUGAGAAUAGAUCCUUGUCCUCGUCUGAUCGUUGGGUUGAUAGCAGUAGCCGUAGCUCUGGGCAUGAAUCCAGGAGGGAUGGCAAGUGGUCAUCAAGGUGGGGUCCAGAAGAUAAGGAGAAGGAAUCUCGAUUAGAGAAGAAGACAGACAUUGAAAAAGAGGAUACUACCACUGACAAACAAUCCAUGAGCACUAUUAGUCGCACAACUUCUGAUAGAGAAAAUGAUUCUCGUGAUAAGUGGAGGCCUCGACAUCGUCUCGAAGCACAUACAGCUGGGGCAGCCACUUCGAGAGGUGCGCCUGGGUUUGGGUCCGAUAAAGGCCGCCUGGAAGUAUUGAAUGGACGGUUUGCAGCAGGAAGGGGUAAACCUGUUAAUCGUGAAAACUUGAAGCAUAAUUCUAGUUAUGCAAUCGGGUCUCUCCCUCUAGAUAAGAAUAAUGCUUACUGCUACCCUAGGGGGAAACUUCUCGACAUUUAUCGUCAGCAUAAGCCUCUUCCAAGCUGUGGUGACUUACCUGAUGGGAUGGAGCAUGCAUUACCUUUAACAGAGGAAGUUGGUAACAAGCCAUUGGCAUUUCUUGUACCAGAUGGAGAGGAAGAGGCCGUUCUUGGAGACAUAUGGGUUGGGAAAAUCACAAGCAGUGGAGAGUUUCACAAUUCUAAAGACAAUGAUUGUCUAUCAAAUGAUAAUUCUGCCGGUUCUGAGAUCGCAAGGGAGGGUUAUCAAGGCACCUUUGGAAAGGCUGCUCCAGAUAGUUUGUAUCAGGAUAGUUGUAAUGAGGUGUCACAUCCAUCACUGGUUGCUGAGAGGGGCAUUUCUCUAGAAGGUGAACAAAAACUUGGAAGAUCCGUAAUUGGGAUUUCAGAUUAUGGGUUGGACCCUGUAUUGAUUAAGGAGAAAUCCAAUAGUGCAGGGGAAAGUGGCACCAAGACAAGUAUUCUGGAGUUGGGAUCCUCUGACUACCUGCACGAACAAGUUUCAGCUUUCAGAAAGCAUUCUAAGUUUGAAGACUCAGUAACUACUUUUGAAAUUGGCAGCCAUCUUCCUGAUGAUUCCAAUACUCUCUUCGAUUUUCCUCCCACGCAGAAGAGUGGGGGCAGUAAUCAGUCAUUUACAAACAGAAACUACAAGGCAACUCCAGUGGGAGAUGAUAUUCCUCCGGAAGAGUUAUCUUUGUUUUAUCUGGACCCUCAAGGGGCAAUACAAGGACCAUAUCUGGGAAUUGAUAUCAUUACAUGGUUUGAACAAGGCUACUUUGGGACCGAUCUACCUGUUCGUUUGUCAGAUGCUCCUGAUGGGUCACCAUUCCAUCAACUUGGUGAAGUAAUGCCGCAUCUAACAGGAAAACUUGGGUCUGCCUCAAGUGCUAGUCUGAAUGAUAUGUCACGGCAGUCUGAUGCUAUUGCAGGCAACUUGGAGGGUCAUCAUCCCGAAUUCAAUGAUUUGGGUCAUAGAAAAGAGCAACAAUGGUCUUCUUCUGGACUCAAUGCAAUACCAAGUAUCAAUUCCCAAUCUAAAGUAUCUGAUGCCAACUUUAAUCCAGGGAUCCAGCACUCUCUAGAGGAACAAUUUCACAACCUUGAUGUUCAGGGUGAAGAAAUUCUCUACCCUGUGAGGCCUGGUAGUAGCAGCAGUGGCAGUUACACUAGACAUGCUAGUGAUGUCCAAAGUUUGAAUGUGGAUCCUUCUAAAAACAGUGUGCCUAACCAUCACGAUGAGAAAGUGCGUCAUCCAUUUGGCUUGUUGAUGUCUGAGCUCAGUGGUAACUCUGAGAUAAGAGGUUCUCAAUCAUCCCACAUCGCCUCAAGCUUAGGUGGUGACGAUCGAUAUCUCGAUCCUAUGAUGGAGAGAAACAACAAUGAUUUCAUGAAUCCAGGUCCUUUUGGUGCUGCUAAUCGACUUCCUUUUGAGAAACAAUGGGGAAAAAGUUCUGGUCUUGGUAGGGAACAUGGGCUCAAAGAAUUCGACAUUGAACGCCAAAAUCAAUUUUCACCGCAUCCUUUCUCCCAUAACACGGGAUUUGGGAUCGAUCAAAUUCCAGGGCAUCUGAUUGAAAUGCAGCGCCAAAUGGAGCUCGAACAGCAGCGGCGGAUGGAGCUUGAGCAACACCGAUUAUUGGAGCUUGAACAACAACGCCUGUUGGAACUUGAACAGCAGCGGCAGUUGGAAUUUGAACAGCAACGGAGGCUCGAGCUUGAACAGCAACGGAGGCUCGAGCUUGAACAGCAACGGAGGCUCGAACUUGAACAUCAGCGAAGGCUCGAGCUCGAACGGCAGAGAAGGCUUGAGCUUGAACAGCAGCGACAGCUGGAGAUUCAGCAGCAGCAGCGGUGGAUAGAGCUUCAAAGACAGCAGCAGCAGCGACUUCUGGAGCUUCAGCAGGAGCAACAGCUGCUGGAGCUUCAAGAGCAACAGCGCCAGGUUGAGUUACAACAGCAGCGCCAAGUGGAGCAGCUGGAGCUUCAACAAGGGCAUUGGUUACUCCAGCAGCAACAGCAGCUAAGGAACCAUCAGAUGAAGUUGCAGCAGCAAAGGCAGCAACAGCAGCAACAGAGGCAGCAACAAAUGGUGCUUGAAAGAUUGCUACAGCAUCAGAUGUCAAAUGCUGGUUAUGGACACAUGACUGCAGAUCAACUGAGAGACAACAAUAUGUUCGAUGAGGUUCAGUUCAGGAUGCAAUUGCCAGAAGCUCAGCAUGCUCACCUUUCAAGACAAACUAAUAAUCCGUUGCUGGAGCAAAUUAUUCAGGCCAAGCUUGGUCAUAAUGCUCUUCAUGAACCACCAAAUGAUUUCUUGGACCUUCUGACAAAACAUGGUGGUAAUAUUCCCUCUUCAGAUGAGCAGCUUCAUUUUCAGAAGGAGCAAUUGCAGGCACAGCAAUUGUCUUUGGCACUUAGGCAGCAAUUAGGUAUGGAUGGGGAAAGGCAAGGCAAUAGUAGCACAUGGUCAGGUGAUGAUGCUGGUCAACAUCAGUCAGAUUUAUUUCAGCAGCGAUUUUCCUCAAACGAGGAGCAUCAAAGGAACCUUAAAUGGCAUCAUGGUUUUCAGGAACAUCAUCUUCAAAGUGGGUUUUAUGAGCCUACUUCUGGGGUCAUUGAGAGGCCAGUGCCUCCUGAGAUGAAGUUAAAUGGUCAUAUCCAAGGAAUGAUGGAUAGCUACCAAGGGCAAAAUACGCCGCUAGAAAAUGGUUGGACUGAAGGAGACCUGCAACAACAUAUGCGUGUUAAAGAGGAACAACAACGUCUGAAAGAUGAAGAAACUUUUUCAAACCCCACCUUUUGGGGAGGCAAUGAUGAGAACUCAAAGCAAGCAUUGAUGGAGCUCCACGAAACAUCAGCCGGUCUUAGGUCUAUUCAGGCGCCAGAGAAUGAUAAUACAAAAGAUUCAACUCCUAGUGAUAACCAUUGGCAGAACACCAAGUCAUCUACUUCAAGUUUAGGUGCACCUACCCUGGAGGAUAUAGUAAAUGCAUCAAUGAGUGGCCAAUCCAACCAGUUGGGAAAUGAAAGAUUCUCUCUGGGGCCUAAAGCUGGAUUACAAGUAGAGGAACAUAGAUUCUUGUCGAGCAGUGGAGAUCCUUCACAUGGUAUCGAUGCUAGGUUGAGCAGCAACUCAUCUGGUGACCAUAAAGAGUUAAGAGAGCGGGUAGGGAAGGAGAAGAUACUCGGGUCUAGAAGCUCUAAUGCACAAAUUUCAGUUGAUCACGGUGAGCCUGCCAGAGAUUUGGCCGAGCUGCCAAGUAAUGUCAAUAGUAGACACAGUAGUAGACAUAGCUCGCUGAGUAGCACGGGUGGCAAUGGAAGCUUGAGCGGCUGUGAAACAGGAUUAGAUAGAACAGUUAGAGAAGAGAUUACUAACCCCAGGGCGCCGACACUUCUCCCCAAGGUAUCCGACAAUCCUUCCCCUAAACCAGUAGCUUCAUCAGACUUGGCUUCUCCUGGUCCAAGCAUGAAGCAGAAAAGCUCGAUCAACUUACCAACAACACCCCUUGAAAGGAGACAUAACAACCCUGCAGCGGGGAGGGUUCUUGUGGCAACAACAGCGAAACCAGUGGAAGUUAGGAGGACCUCCUCUUACGCUGAUGCUGCAGUGUCAUCAGAGGCAUCAUUCAUUGACAUGCUGAAGAAACCAGUUGCGCAUGAACUGGACGCGGCUCAAUUAAGUGGGUUAGAGUCGUAUGACAAUUCGCAAGGUGGACGGAUUGGGAAGAAGAAAGGGAAGAAGGGAAGGCAGAUUGAUCCUGCUCUCCUCGGGUUUAAAGUCACCAGCAAUCGCAUCAUGAUGGGUGAAAUCCAGCACCUGGACGAUUGAUGGCUAAUUAGAGCCUGUAAAAAUUCUCUGCACAUAUAUCUAUGUAGAUAUAGGUAACAUUGUAUGAAUGUUGUACAGAGAAAAGGGAACAUGGUGCUUUUUAGAGCCAUCCAUCAUCUUUGUACUUGGGUCCAUUGAGCUGGCGCCUGCCCUCGUUACUCUUGUUUUAGCCUCAUAGGAAAAUCCUCUUGUAGACUGAAAGUAGAGAAGUAAAUUCCUUCCUUUACUGAAGGUGAAUGGAAUAUUUUCUGACUUGGUUGACUCCAGAUAGUAGCCAGUGGACUUGUAAUUACCAGGGAUUCAAUGUACAUUUAGAGGAACUUACCAUUUGUCAAUGAUCAUACAAUUGACGAACUGUAACUCCUUUUGUGUGAUCCAUUUUGCAUAGAAUCUAUAGUUCGACUUUUACUGGCCUUUAUGGCCGUUUCUGUACAGUAUAUAAGUACACUGUACACACCCAGCAUCAUUAUGUCUU